AUGAAGGGACUUUUCUACUUUUUUGUUUUGGCCUGCGUCGCUUCUGCUUGCUCAACCUUUACGCACCCAGGGCUUCUCCACACCUCUGAAGACUUUGAUCGCAUCCGGGAGAAAGUUAACGAGGAGGCCGAGCCCUGGAUGGAGGGUUGGAACAAACUUGUCGACAGCCCAUAUUCCGAUCCUUCCUACAAACCAAACCCUGCGUCUAUCAUCUACCGAGGCUACGACGGCACCCACGCCGAGAACUAUGCCCAGUUAUACCAGGAUGUUGCAGCGGCCUAUGUGCUUGCCAUUCGGUGGUCUGUGACGGAAAACAGUACCUACGCAGACGCUGCUGUCGGUAUCCUUGAUGCAUGGUCCGCGAACCUUACUGAGAUCAGUGGUACCGUGGAUUUGUAUCUUGCGGUCGGAAUUUACGGCUACGAAUUUUGUCAGGCUGCUGAAAUCAUGCGCAAUUAUACCGGAUGGAAGAAUUUCAACCGCUUCGCCAAAAUGAUGCUGCGCGUCUUUUACCCAGCAAUUAAUCAAUGGUUUGUGGGUCAUGAGAACUGGGGCUCCUGGGGUGGAGGAGUGUACCCUGGGUGGGAUUUGUCCCAGAUCGCUGCCGCAGUUUCGAUUGGAGUUCUCACCGAUAAUGAAACAAUAUACCAACAAGGCGUGAACUGGUUCCUCAACGGCACUGGGAAUGGACAGAUAAACAAUGCAGUUCCCUACACUUAUUGGUAUGACAAUCAAGUCCUGGGUCAGCCAAUGGAGACUGGUCGUGAUCAAGGUCAUACCAUGCUGGAUAUUGCACUCUUCGCCGCGAUAGGUCAAAUGACCUACAACCAGGGGGAUGAUCUAUUCGCUCACAAUGAUAGCAUCAUUUUGUCUGCCGCCGAAUACGAAGCCAGAUACAAUCUCGGCUAUGAUGUUCCCUACAAGGCAUAUGGCAACGCGUAUUUGGGUUUACCAGCCAUCAGCAACUCCAGUCGCGGUAACAUCCGUCCAACUUGGGAAUUGCUUUACAACCACUAUGGGGUCCUCAAAGGCCUGAACACUACAUGGACGAAGAAGUAUAGAGACUUGGUCGUGGAGAAUGGAGGAGGAUCUGAAGGAGGCUCUGGGGACUACGGUUCGGAUAGUGGUGGUUACGACCAGCUAGGAUGGGGAACCCUGCUCUAUACCCUCGAGGGAUAA